GUAGUGGGCGUGCCUCUAGUGAAAGGACCACGGAUGUAUUAUAAGAACCGACUCAUCGACCUUCACACGGGUGUUUAUAAUCCGUUUUAUCCACUCUUUCGGGAGCAGUGGCGCAGUGGCGCAGUGAACCCGGCACUUACGCACACCUGCGCAUGUAUAAAACAGAAGCAUGAUUUUGUAGAUUAUCUUUAUACAUCCAUGUUUUGAUUUCACUCCUGAUUGCGAAUCGAGUUGACUAGUUCCUCUUUAUGAGUCGUUCAAAAAAACCGAUUCGUUUUCAAGCCUAACAUCACUAAGAACAAGCUGCAUAGGAGGACAAGUGCAUCAGUAUACACGUGUUUCUACUGCAGCAGGAGCGUGGAGACUUAUGCUUCGUCAACUCACAACAUUGACACGCUAACGUCUUUUUCUUUAGCUGUUUGUCUACCCAUCCCACUAUGAAGUACAUCCUUGUUACCGGGGGUGUCAUAUCUGGUAUUGGUAAAGGCAUCAUUGCCAGCAGCGUGGGAACAAUCCUAAAGUCCUGCGGCCUUCGCGUCACAGCCAUCAAAAUUGAUCCGUACAUCAAUAUUGAUGCUGGCACCUUUUCUCCAUAUGAACAUGGUGAAGUUUUUGUUCUCGAUGAUGGCGGGGAGGUGGAUCUGGACUUGGGGAACUAUGAGCGUUUCCUGGACAUCUGUCUUACCAAAGACAAUAACUUAACCACUGGAAGGAUCUACCAGUCGGUCAUCAACAAGGAGAGGAGGGGAGACUACCUGGGCAAGACUGUACAGGUGGUACCACACAUCACGGAUGCCAUCCAGGAGUGGGUGAUGAAGCAGGCCAGGAUCUCGGUAGAUAGUGAUGGUGUGGAGCCUCAAGUUUGUGUCAUAGAGCUGGGAGGCACAGUGGGGGACAUUGAGAGCAUGCCCUUCAUCGAGGCCUUCAGACAAUUCCAGUUCAAGGUGAAGAAGGAGAACUUCUGCAACAUCCAUGUCAGCCUGGUACCACAGCCGAAUACCACGGGGGAGCAAAAAACUAAACCGACCCAGAACAGUGUCCGAGAGCUCAGAGGGCUGGGCUUGUCUCCAGACUUGAUAAUGUGCCGCUGUUCAUCACCCCUAGAAACCGCUGUCAAGGAGAAGAUCUCCAUGUUUUGUCAUGUGGAGCCCACACAGGUGAUCUGUGUCCAUGACGUCUCCUCAGUCUACAGAGUGCCCCUGCUGCUGGAGGACCAGGGUGUUGUGAGCUACCUCUGUCAGCGGCUGAGCCUGCCUAUAGAGAUGAGGCCCAGGAGGAUGCUCGCGAAGUGGAAGGAGAUGGCUGACAGAUCUGCCCGUCUCUUGGAGCAUGUCUCUAUAGCGCUGGUGGGGAAAUACACAAAGUUAUCUGACUCCUACACCUCUGUUAUAAAGGCCCUAGAGCACUCCGCCCUCGCCGUUAAUCACAAACUAGAGGUCAAGUACAUAGACUCUGCAGACCUUGAGACUACCACUCUGCAAAAUGAGCCAGUGAAAUAUCAUGAGGCCUGGCAAAAACUCUGCAGUUCUCAUGGUGUGUUGGUACCAGGAGGUUUUGGUGUAAGAGGGACAGAAGGCAAGAUGCUAGCUAUUAACUGGGCAAGGAAACAGAAUAAGCCAUUCCUAGGUGUAUGUUUGGGCAUGCAGCUGGCAGUGUGUGAGUUCGCCCGCAAUGUUCUUGGAUGGGAAGAUGCCAACUCCACAGAAUUUAAUCCGGAAUCCAGUCACCCCGUGGUGAUUGACAUGCCCGAGCACAACCCAGGGCAGAUGGGUGGGACUAUGAGGUUGGGGAAGAGGCGGACCAUUUUCAAAUCCAGCACCAGUGUACUGAGAAAACUGUAUGGAGAUGUGGAAUAUGUUGACGAGAGGCACAGACACAGAUUUGAGGUGAACCCAGAGCUGAAGCACCACUUUGAAAAAAGGGGUCUUCAGUUUGUCGGUGAGGAUGUGGAAGGAGAGAGAAUGGAAGUCAUUGAAUUGGAUGAUCACUGUUACUUUGUUGGAGUGCAGUUCCAUCCAGAGUUCACCUCGAGGCCCAUCAAACCCUCUCCUCCAUACUUUGGUCUCCUGCUGGCUGCUGCAGGAAAACUCCAGAGCUACCUGGCCAAGGGCUGUCGUCUCUCGCCACGGGACACUUACAGCGACCGCAGUGGCAGCAGCUCUCCUGAAGUUGACAUCUCUGAGCUGAAGUUCCCCUCUUUGUCUUGAUACUAAAGCACAUGUAGUUGUUUUGUUCGUGUGUGACUCAUGCAGAAAAAUACCCAGAGUAAAAACAGAGAACUCUGCUCAUAACUGAUGCCACUAUACUUAUUCGGAUAGGUACAAUAUGUUGCUAAGUAUGUUAAGUCUUCACUGAUUGUAUAAAGGUUAAGGGAUUUCUUGAUUUUACCCCUGUGUGGCUUUAGAUUUGCUGCAAUAGGCAGAUGAUGUGUUGUAUGGGGAAUUGUAACAGAGACAUUUUGGAAAACCCGGACAGAAAAGGAAUUAAAAGGGGGGGAAAAAAGAGUGAGAUGUGAAUGGUUAAAACCAUCACCCUUUCAGUAUAAACUUUGUGAAGAUUUUGCAAGAUCAUGAUGCUUUGGCAAAAUUGUGAGCCGAUGAAUAGUGUGUUUUGCAGUUAACGUAUAGAAUCGUUAGCUCACCGGGUAGAGCGUGCGCCCCAUGCUGCCCCUUGAGUCCUUGGCAGCGGUGUGGGUUGGAAUCUGACCGGCUUCCCUUGGCUGCAUGUCAUUCCCUUUAUUUCUCCCUUUUUCUUGUCUAUCUGUACUAUUAUGACAAAAAGACCUAUUAUUGAUAGAUUUACUUCUUUUGAAAUGUUGGUUGGUCUUACAAUUGUAUGUAUUAAUGCAUUUCUCCUUUUUGGUUUAAUACCAGUUUCCAUAUCAUAACUCUCAUUCAGGGGUUACUCGACAAAAGAGAUUAAGUUACAUGCCAUUCAGGCUUGUAAUACUCUUGCACUGUAGUAUAUGGGGUGUACAUGCAAAUCUGUACGAGUAUGAUAUUAAACUGGACUACAAAGGUGUGCUUUAGUGACUGGGUUUUGAGGGUGAAGGAUUUUAUUUGGUCAUAAAGGGAAUUGUCAGGCAUCAGCAAAUAUAGGGAUGAUGGGUUAUUCAUUUCUUCAUGAAAGUUGUACAUGAUUAUGCCCUUUGGGGUGUUAUUUCUUUAAAACUGACCUCACCACUUCUGCUUGCAUGACUUUUAUAUUUGAAACUUUUAAUCUGCUGACAUCAACAAACACAAUUUGGAACUCCAUUGCCUUUUUUAUGAAUUAUACAGAUGCACAGUUACUGUAUAUGACAAUCAGGCCAACUCAGUGACCCUUGAGUCAACAGUAUUAACUGAAAAAGAAAGCAUGGCAUAUGAAAACUGAUGUAUUUAAACUGAAAG